CCUUGGCAGCGUCGCAGUCGUGUCGCAAUCAGACAAGAGUAAGUCGAGUUACAAGAGGGCGCGGCAUGAAUCUUUUCUUCCUGCAAAAGUUCGGGGGGAUUGACUCUGAGACCAGCGAUUGCUUCGACACCAAAGAAGCCUUUGGCAGCGGCCUCUUUCAGAGGCGUUUUCUCACGCUCACUGCCGUCGCCAUCUUCCUGACGACCUGCAUCGGCGACCUGGUACCCGUCAUCUCCUCGCAGGACGUGGACCACUGGUGCAAACGGCCGACCCGUUCGACCGCCUUCUCCGUACACAGCUGGAAGAAGGACGCCAUACCCGUGGAUGCCGACGGACGGCGAAGUCGCUGUAUCGCCUACAAGAGGCCCGGCAACCUUCUCCCGUUCCUGAGGAAGGAUGGCAGGGCGACGGUGGCGUGUCGACAGUGGGACUUCGACGACAAGAAGAACGCCUCCAUUGUCAGCGUCUGGAAUGCUGUCUGCGACCGGCGGGUCCCGCAGCUCGUCGUCCCAAUGGCGACGCAACAGGCAGGAUCCCUUCUGUUCCUUCUGCUUUCCGGCGUCGCGCUCGACUUCUUCGGCAGGGGUUGCGUCCAGAUGGCGGCAGUUGUGGUUUCGACAACUUCGGCGCUAGUCGGUUGCGCCGUCUCCCACAACCACGCGCACUACGCCGUGGCGCAGUUCGUCCUCUCCGGUUGCGUGGCCGUCAGCGCCGCGGCAGCCAUGCUGGUCUCCUUCGAGGUCCUGGUCCAUCGACAGAGAUCCAAGCACGUAGUGUACGUCGCCGCGUUGAGCUUCGCGCUUGCUGAGCUCUGGAUCCUCGUGGUGAAGAACAUGCACGUCGGCUGGGUCGUCAAGCAGGUGGCACUUCUAUCGCCCAUGUAUCUUCUAGUCGUCGCCACCACUUUAAUGGGCGGAAUGGAAUCCCCGCGAUGGCUGAUCGCCCAGGGCGAAAACCACAAGGCCGAGGAAGUGAUUCGGGCCGCGGGCAAUACAAACGACUUCGUCUUGGCGGCCGGGGCGGAGAACUUUAUUCACAGGAUCGAGUACAGAGCGCGCUGCAUUGCCGACGGCAACCUUUCGUCCACGUCCAACUGCGAUCUUCGGCAACGUUCGGCCGUGGAGGCUGCCCGUUCGAUCCGGCAACGAGUGCGGAUCACGUUCGUCGUCCACUUCUCCCUGGCAUUCGCCGUCCACGUCAACGCCGUGACCUGGGUGGCUCGAGACGAACGCGUCGUCGUCGCCUGGUGGCUUCCGUCGAUACUGGUCUACGUCGUCACUGCCCUGGGAAGCGUUGCCGGACUCCUGGCCUACGCGUGCAUUCCCUUGCGCAAGGUGCCGCUCGCCGUAUCGGCGGUCGUCGCCGGCAUCUACCACGUGGCCGUCGCCAUCAGCGACUUGGACACCGCUGCCGACCGCGGUCUCCUAGCGUUCUCCGGCGGUCUCGCCAACGUCGCCAUCAUCGUCGGCGCUUGCCGCGUCAUGGAGGACGUUCCCACAUCCGUGCGCGGGGUCGCCCUCUGUUGGACGCUCGCUGGCGGUCGAGCCGGCGCUCUCAUCGCCUGCAUGACUCCACUGUUUCUGGGGAACGGUAAAUUAGCGUUCAUGCUUUCGGCGUUCCUUCUUACCGCGUCGUCCAUUCUGGCAGUGCUGCGGUUUCCGUCCCACACUUCCGCAAGAACGCGAGCCUGAUGAAAACCUCGGGCCAACGUUCAAGAAGGACUUGUCGACUCACCCUAUAGCAGCAGGCUACCAACGCACUGGCCAUCAUAGGACCUUGAGAAUAGUGCUUGCCUGAGCUAGUUGGUUGUACUGUCGCGACCAGUAUGAGUUGCAACACGGUGGUCGUGGUCGAAGGGGCCCCAAGUCUGGACGGUGACACCGGUAAAAAAAUUGAUUCAGAGAACAUUAGUAACAGAAA